AUGUACAUCUUCAGCCGCGCCCUUCUCAUCGCAAGCCUCCUUGGCUUCGUACUUUCAAUCGUACUCCACCCCAUCCACGACUCGCCCCGGAAAAGCAUCCAUCACAAAGACUUCCCCUCUAUCACGAACAUCGAUCCUCCCGCUGCGGGAUCAUGCCUCGCAAACGGACUCUUGUGUGUAAAAGACUCAGGAUGCUGUUCCAAGAAUUGUAGCGGCAGAGUCUGCAAGCCGAAACUUGAAGGUCGUCUAGGUCUUAAAAAGAAGCAAGCUCCGUACAAAAUCAGACCGAAAGCCACGAAGCAGGAGAAGUCGGCUGGGGUGAGGACUGCGCAGAUGGAGCAGUGGGUUACGAAGCAGAAGCCGCUUGGCAAAGAUGGGUUGCAGAGUCAUCAGCCGAAGGAAGAUGUGUAG